AUGCCCGUCCGCCCUUCCGCUACGACCGCUGUGUCGGCGCCUGGGAAGGUUCUUCUCACAGGAGGCUACUUGGUGCUCGAUCGCCAAUAUACUGGCACGGUAUUCGCUCUCGAUGCUCGAAUUCAUGCUGUUGUGCAGCAGCUUCAGCGAGACCGCCAUCGCGGCUCGGCUCAAUCUUCUCCCAAAGACGAUGCCACAGCCAACACAGGGGCAGACGAGACCUUAGAGAAUCACCCCGAAGAGAGCGUUAUUGUGCGCUCCCCACAAUUUCGAGAUGCUGUCUGGGAAUAUGGCGUACAAAGAUGUGAAAAUGGUGGCGGAGUAAAAGUUACACAGCGUAAUGAAGGGCCAAAAAACCCAUUCGUGGAAACCUCGCUCAACUACGCCCUGACCUAUAUCAGCUAUGUAGCCGACUCCCAAGAUCUUGGGUCACUCUCCGUUACAAUACUAGCAGACAAUGACUAUUACUCCGAUUCUCGUCAAGAUUCAAAUAUUGAUUCUCGAAGCCGUGGCGGAUUUCAUGAUUUCGGCGUAACACUACAGGAUGCCCACAAAACAGGACUGGGUUCGUCUGCAGCCUUAGUGACGGCAUUAGUCUCUGCCUUGCUAAUCCAUCGUACCAUGCACCCGGAUGACCUAAUUGUCGCCCGAGACAAGUUACACAACCUCGCUCAAGCUGCACACUGUGCUGCCCAAGGAAAAGUGGGAUCUGGAUUUGAUGUCGGGGCAGCCAUUUGGGGAUCAUGUUCCUACCGCCGGUUCUCUCCGUCUAUUCUCGAGGGUCUUGGUGAAGUCGGAUCGUCUGGCUUUGAAGAGAGACUGUUCUCGGCAGUGGAAGACUUGGAUUCUGCACAUCCGUGGGAUACUGAAUUCAUGGAUGUCGGCAUGAAACUGCCACCUGGGAUGCAAAUGGUCCUUUGUGACGUCGAUUGCGGGUCACAGACACCGUCCAUGGUCAGGAAAGUGCUGGAAUGGCGUAAACAGAACAAGGAGGAGGCCGAUUUGCUCUGGGAUAGCCUACAGGCGAACAAUGAAAAACUCCGCCUUGAACUUCGACGUGCAGUUCAUGGCCGAUCAGAUCCCGAGUUUGAGGCAGCAGCGGCCCUUGAGAUCUAUAAGAACGUGCGCGUUCUCAUGCAACGAUCACGGAAUUACUUGAAGACCAUGACGGAAAAAUCAGGUGUACCUAUUGAACCGCUCGUACAGAGUGAGCUUCUUGACACCGUCUCUGGAAUAGACGGCGUUAUUGGAGGCGUUGUCCCUGGUGCUGGAGGUUACGAUGCGGUUGUCCUCUUGAUUCGUGACGAUGCCGAGGUGAUAAAAAAGCUCAAUUUGCUUUUCGAAACUUACCAAAGCAGAGUGGAAGACGACUUUGGCGGCAAAAUAGAAAAGAAAGUAGCUAUGCUUGCGCGCGUAAUAUUGUGUAAUCUAUUACGGAUGGCCUCAACUGAGAACUUGUCUGCUCCGGACGGCAGCGACUCCCCUGCAGCAACGGCACAAGACAACACCACCACCACCACCACCACAGCGCCCGAGCAUUCAGAUGUCCCUGCCCCGUCAUCCUCAUCGCCCGCGGCUGCUGAGGCAACUCAAUUAGCACCAAACAGUACAGAAAGUCAGUCGAAGGAGAAAAACGAUACAGAAGAUUUUGAGGACAAAUCAUCGCCAAGGGAAGCUGCAGCUUCAGCUGCAGCAACACCUACGCCCGACGACACCACCACCGCCAACACUACCACCACUAACGUGGCAGCUGAGCCGCCCACAUCCGGCGUAGAAGCCAGCGAAGCCCCUGAGACAACUACUGUGACCGAGGGUGAAGACGCAGGGCCAGAGUUGGUGAUCACCUUACUUCUUAUCACUGGUGCGCGGCAUCCUUUCAAGAUCGACAAGAAAUACCUGCGAAGGCGGAGUGUCAAGGUCGAUAAUGAUGAUCCCUUCAAUAUGAGUGUUUAUACACUCAAAGAGUUGAUAUGGAGAGAGUGGCGAGCAGAAUGGGAACCACAACCAUCAUCACCCAGUUCGAUUCGACUGAUUUCUUUUGGCAAAUUGUUAGAUGAUAAAUCUCCGCUAUCAGAAUCGAGCCUAACUCACGAUGCACCCAAUGUCAUUCACAUGACCGUGAAACCGCAAGAAGUUGUAGAUGAAGAGGAUGCCAAAGGCGGCAAAUCAUACUCAGCUAGAGACCGAGAUGCAAGCGAUCGCAGUCCCGGUUGUCGGUGCAUUAUUCUGUGA